AUGGCAGAUCUAUCAGUUUACAAGCCGCGCAACCUUCUGUACACACAGGAGCCCAUCCGAAGGUACCGCUCUGACGGCUACCAUCCGGUAUGUCUAGGAGAUACUUUCAACAAUGGCCGUUACAAAAUAUACCACAAGCUCGGCUGGGGAGGCCAUGCCACUGUCUGGCUAGCUAAUGACACGAAAGACAACAAAUGGGUGGCUUUGAAGAUCAUGGCAGCGGCCGUAUCAAAGGAAUCCACCGAGGUGCACAAUUCACAACUACUACAAAGGGCCUCAGAAACCGGCCCGUCCACAAAGCAUGUUGUUCAGGUCCUAGACUCUUUCAUGAACCAGGGUCCUAAUGGAGGCCACAGGUGUAUUGUACUCGAGCUGCUAGGACCUUCUGUUGGUAAGGUAAUGAGCCUCUAUACCUGGGCUGAAGAUGAUACGCCUAAACCCGACCUUAUCGUUCGGAUGGCAGAACAGGUUCUCGAGGGUCUCCAGUUUAUGCACCAUGCGGGCAUUGCACACGGAGAUAUAAGCGCUGGCAACAUUGCUUUUCGGAGUACAAAUCUUUCAGAGGCAACUACAGAACGUAUUCUAGAGAUUUUGGGAGAGCCUUAUUUUGAAGAGCUGGAGCGCCUUGAUGGCAAGCCACUCGACUAUGGCCUGCCGAAGUAUAUCGUUGAAGCGGCAGACUGGGAUAAGUGGCUAUUUGAAGAAAAGGAGGAUCUUUGUAUAUUAGACCUCGGAGAGGCGUUUAUAGAAGGAAGCGAGACUGAGCGACUGGCACAGCCGGGUGCUUUACAAGCGCCUGAGACUUUUUUCAUCGGGCGAUUUGAUCAUACUGUCGACCUAUGGUCUGCCGGUUGCAUGAUCUACAGCUUCGUAUUUGGUCUGUUUCCUUUCUGGCACCUCGGCAACGAUGAAGUACUGGUGGCACAGAUGAUCGGGUUUGUUGAAGCCCUACCGGAAGAGUGGAGGGAACAGUGGCUUGAGAUGCGCGACAAGUCAAAGCAUCACAAAUCCCUGGCCGAGACCGAAGGUAUCCAAAACGCGGAGCUGGAAAAGAAGUUCAACACAGUUGACCCAACUCUUGCUGUCCUUCUGCCGGUCAUUCGAGGGCUGAUGCGAUUUCGCCCAUCGGAUCGUCUGAGUGCGUCCGAGGCACUUAAUCUCUUGAGGAACACGCAAGCGUGA